AUGGCGCUGCCGAAGCGGAUCAUCAAAGAGACCGAGAGACUAAUGGCCGAGCCUGUUCCAGGAAUCAGCGCCGUACCUCACGAAGACAAUCUCCGGUACUUUGAUGUCAGCAUUCAUGGCCCUUCUCAAUCACCGUAUGAGGGAGGUAUCUUCAAGCUCGAGUUAUUCUUACCAGACGACUAUCCCAUGACCCCGCCCAAGAUCAGAUUUCUCACCAAGAUAUACCACCCUAACAUCGACAAAUUGGGUCGUAUCUGCUUGGACGUCUUGAAGAGCAACUGGUCGCCAGCGCUACAGAUUAGGACCAUUCUUCUCUCAAUACAGGCUUUACUAGGCGCUCCAAAUCCGGAUGAUCCGUUGGCGAAUGAUGUGGCUCAGCGGUGGAAGGAGGACCAAGAGGCCGCCAUUCAAACAGCGAGAGAAUGGACGAGAACACAUGCUACGGCCUGA